AUGGAGUACCUACAUGAAUCAUCAAUGCCUGCAAGUAAAUCCGAACUGCAAGUGUUUUCAAUACCACCAACUCAAACAGCAAUUGAAAGUAGCUAUGAAGUGGAGUAUCGUCCUAGUGCGAGUCUUGAGUCUAAUAACUUUUAUGAAAUCAAUAUUCCAGCGAGUGAAGACUUUACAGAUCUGGCAGCUACCAUGCUUCAUAUUCAUCUUAUUGUUACGUCAAAAGAUAAUAAACCUCUUACAGAAACGAGUAAAAUCAAGGCUGUUCAAAACUUUGGUAAUGCAUUAUUUGAACAAGUUGAUGUUGCAAUUGGAUCAGUCAAUACUGUUCAAGCUAACAAUACAUAUCACUAUCAAGCUUAUUUGGAAGAUCUCUUCUUCAGACAUCCUAAUCAAGUUGACUCAGGGUUUCACGUAUCUGAAGAAAGAUUACAAUCUUCUGUUGAUCUUUACUUUCGGUUACACUCUCCGUUAUGUGAACAGGACAAACUUCUAAUUAAUGGUCUACCAUUGUCAUUCCGAUUCACCAAAAGUCCCGAUGGUUUUGCUCUUAUUAAGACUGAUGCUGCUGAUACCAACAAUUAUAAGAUCAAGUUUGAUCACUUUGCUUUACAUAUCAAGAGAGUUAAAUUAUUCCCUGAAGCUCAGAAGAGUAUCAUUACUGGUCUUGAGAAAAGUCCAGCUAAAUACUUUAUUACAAGAAAUGAUGUCAAGUGUUUCUCUAUUCCUUCUGGUCAAUCAUCAGCCUCUUUUGAAAAUGUUUAUAAUGGUGUAAUACCAAGACGGAUUAUUAUCGGUCUGGUAAAGGAUGCUGCUCAAGAGGAAAGUAUUUACCUCGAUCCAUUUCAAUUCAGACAUUUCAAUGCCAAUUUUGUUUCAUUCACUGUUGACGGUGUGAUGAUACCAUCUAUUCCAUAUACUCCGAAUCACAAGUUAAAACUCUACAUGAGAGAAUUCAUUAAUCUCUACCGAUGUUUCAAUCAAGAUGAAGGUAUCCCUCAACUUAACAUCAAGUAUGAAGAUUACCCUUCCAAUUUUGCAUUGUAUGCUUUUGAUCUAUCUCCUGAUGGAUCAAUCGGAGCUGAGACAGGAACUCUAUCUCUAAUCAAGAGAGGUAAUAUAAGAUUGGACAUUAAGUUUGCUGAAAAGUUAGGAUCAUCAGUUAAAGUGGUUGUGUUUGGACAGUUCGACAAUCUAAUUACAAUUGACAAGGAACGUAACGUUACAUUGGAUUAUUAA